UCUAUGGUCUCCUUGCACAUGUCGAUAUUAAUGCAAGGAGCAGCGGUUCUUGUAGUAGCAGCACCAGUAGCAGAGAGGCGGUGAAACCAAUCACUCUGUUUCCGAAACUGUCGCGUUUUGUGCUGCGGGACAUGAAAAGUCUAGAGGAGUGGUCAGAUGCAAUGGUUCCCUCGGAUUCUUCUUCAUCGAUUAAGGUAUUCCCUAGUCUCCGGUACUUGGAAAUCGAAGGGCUCCCCAAGUUGGCUGUUCUACCGGAUAUGGAGAACUUGACGUCUCUUGAGAAGUUAAGGAUAGAGAAAUGCGGAAGUUUGACUUGUAUAAGGAAUUUGAAUAGCCUUACAUCUCUCGAAUCCUUAUAUUUAGAUGACUGCCCUGCUCUUGAAUCCUUAUGCUUGGAGAGCUUGACAUCUCUUGCGGAGUUAGAGAUAAGGGAAUGCGGAAGUUUGGCUUGUAUAAAGAAUUUGAAUAGCCUCACAUCUCUUGAAUCCUUAUAUUUAGGUGACUGCCCUGCUCUUGAAUCCUUAUGCUUGGAGAGCUUGACAUCUCUUGCGAGGUUACAUAUAUGGGGAUGCGGAAGUUUGGCUUGUAUAAGGAAUUUGAAUAGCCUCACAUCUCUUGAAUCCUUGGAUUUAGAUGACUGCCCUGCUUUAUUAGAUGCUUCUCUAGAUAUGGAAAACCCCCAAUCCCUACGUGAUCUAAGAAUCUCACGAUGUGAUCAGUUGAAUCCUUGGUUGAGUAAUAAUCUUGAGAAGUUCACGUCGCUCGAGCGGUUGGACAUCCGCUCUCAUGACCCUGGUUCUUGGCCAAUUACGGUUCUCCACCAUCAGGCCAACCUCAGAUCGUUGACUCUCGGUGGCUUCUCUGACAACCUUGAUAAUUUCCCGUGGCCACACUCCAUCACCAAUCUCGUCUCUCUGGAGGAUCUUGUAUUGCAUGGAUGGCCAAAAAUCACGGCUCUCCCACACCAAAUUCAGCAUCUCUCUACCUUGACAUCUCUAUGGAUAUGGACGUUUGAGGGGUUGGAAGUUCUUCCAGAGUGGAUGGGUAGCCUUGGGAAUCUUCGAGAAUUGUGGAUUGGUGAUUGCUCUAACCUCAGACAGUUGCCCUCUGCAGACCUCACCAAUUUAAAUCGUCUAAGUAUCUACAGGUGUCCUCUUUUAGCAGAGAGAUGCACCAAAGGAAGUGGCGCAGAGUGGCCCAAGAUUGCACAUAUUCCCUUUGUUCAUAUCUUUUAGUAGAACAAAGUUUGAUUGGUUUUGCCUUAGGGGAAACAAAGGCCCACCGUAACUGGUCAGAAUCAAGGCAACUCAUGCAGCGUCACAAAAAAAAGAAGAGCAGUUUUCUCAAACUGCCUUAUUAUUGAUUCCAGAUGUCUGCUGAUUAUUGAUUCCAGUAUUCUCUCCUUUGAGGGACAACAACCAAGAACGACCAAACUAUUUCCAGGAGCUGAGACCACAUUCAAAUGUUUGGGGGAUUUUGAUGAAUCCUGUUCUAACUAACUAUUGUGUUUGGAUUGCAUUUUUUUGGAU